CGUUGAUCCAAACAUCGCCAAUCCUGAAUUAUCUACAAAUGCAGCACCAGCUCCUACAGCUGUAGAAACCUCCGAUUCGCAGAAGCCUUCCUUACCGUCGUCUCCAACUGGAUCCAAGCGCGCUAUCGCACAACCUACGAUCUCAGCCGCAAAAGCGGCGACGCCAAACCCCCCGGUUACCCGCCCCCCCUCUCGCCGCUCGGCUGCUCUAUCAUUAGAGCCAACCACCAAUGCCAGCGUCGUUGCACCUUCUACUAAACGCGAGCUCCGCCAGAAAAGCGCCACACCUGCUCGGAAGACUCCUGUGCCAGAAACCGCUCGAGCUGCCAGUGUGAGUGCUCCCAACCGCAGGCGUAAACGCCCCGCUCCAGGUCCUGUAUCUUCAGGCCAAGACGGUGGUGCAGCGGUAAGCUACGGUCGCCGCAAAGCGAAGCCCGGGAAGAAGCGGAUCGGGACGCGUGAGGUUGGCCUGAAAGAUGGAACCCUGGCACGUGAGGACAUUCGAAUCGACGAGGAUGGAGUACUGGAAGAGAUCGACCCGAACGAACCACGGUAUUGUCUAUGCGGAGACGUGAGUUUCGGGACGAUGAUCUGCUGUGAAAAUCAAGAGUGCGACCGAGAAUGGUUUCACCUUGACUGUGUCGGGCUGUCUGAGGUACCAAGUCGCACGGCGAAAUGGUACUGUCCGGAUUGUCGGGUUAAGUUCAACAAGGGUGCAGACGGAAUCGUCAAAAACAAUCCGCGGAGAUAAAGCUAUACCAUACUGACUGGACAAAUUCUCUGAUUUUGAGUGGGUGGUGAAUAUUCAUGAGACCACGAUUAGGCGCUUGGGCAAAUUGUUGCAUAGGGCUUGAUUUUGUUCUCUGAUUCGUUCUAUUGAUUGCAGCGUGGCGAAGAUUUCAUGGAGUAAAACACCCUUUGUUGGCUGAUUUCAUUCAUCAUAAGAGCAAGAGCUAAUUCGGGUGAUGGCGCUACACUGAGAGUAUAACGCAUUUAAUAACUAUUUGUCACACUCGUACGUGGAUGAUGGAAUUCACGGUGCAUGCUUAUCAUCCAAUACCUAUUUGGUCAGCUGGCUGGUGUUGAUUGAGCUCAUGUAGACCCAGUAUACCAAGUGGGACAUGGUAUUUCCAACAAUAGGUUUAGUUAGGACUCUAUAGAAGACCAGUGGCAACCUGCAUGGAAGAGCGUUGGUAUUUGCGUUCAAGUAUUCCAUUAUCCUUGAC